UAUACAAAUUUGAAGGGGUAGGACCGAGAUUAAAAUUUCCUUGCCGAGGCAAAGCCUCUUGCAAAGAAAGGAGACUGAUUUUUUGGAGGAGUUACUGGCCUUCCAUAACUCUUCCUGCCUAAUCAUUCUUCGUGCCCACUUAGAGUUUUUAGUCAUCCAAGGUGUAUCAUUGAUCUCUCCUUCCUCGACUUCUUCCUUAGAUAAUACAGACUCCUUAGUGACAUCAACCGUAGUAGCCACACCAACUGAUUUAAUCACUAUUAAAUCCUCUACUAUCUCUUCUACCGGUGAGGCCACACUGACUUGCUGUACAUGAUUCUCAACACACGAAGCACUACGACCUCUAGCCCUUGAACGCGAUCUAUUCCUUCUCUUAGAUUUCUUCAACAACCUCAAGCUUUCCUCUUCAGCCACUUCAGAGCUCUGAACAUGGGUUUUAGAAGCUGAGUGAGAACAAACUUUAUCUUCUAACGGAGCAGUAGUGACAGUUGAGUCUAGAGGAGCACUAUCUUCUUUGAGACCUUCCAACUGAAUGACUGUCGAAGUUGUCACAAUCUGAGCUUCACUUUUUGUUUUACGAGCUUUCUGAAUGUUACUAGCUAUUCUCUUCUUCAUUAAUGGCUUAGGGCACCUGUUGAGGAGAUGUCCAAAUUUUUCACAAUUGCAACACUUCGGAGGUAAGCUUGGGUACACAACGUUAAUGUUCACUGAGUUUCCAAGCGUAUCCCUAACCAACACCGAAUCUGGAGGCGGGUGAUCGAGAAUGAUCUCAAUCUUAACCUUUGUGUCCCCAAAGCAGUAUGGUUCGAGUCUGGACUUUUCUGUAUGCAACGGCUCUCCAAUAGCACUUGCCACUACGCUGAUUCCAUCCAGAGAGUAAAGCUGCGGCGGAACAUUCUUCAGAAUCCCCCACGUAGGAGCAGACUUAAGCUCUAGAGAAUCAAAGUUUCCAUCGAUUGACCAGGGAAACACAUAAAACGCACAAUGAUCCGCUUGCCAGUAGCCCACCUGUAGAACCCAUUCUCGGGUUUGAACAGAAGGAAUGUAGAUGAGACAGGAGGUAUCCGAUACUUUGUGAAGACUGAUGUUGCCAAAUUUACCCCAAACCGGAUUUAGGUCAGCAUAAAUUUUGUCUCGAGGUGGCAACGUUCCAUGAAAUUGAGCUACUAUGUGUUCCUUCCACAUCUCUGCUGUCUGAAGUAAAACCUCCGGCGGCGCCUGAACAACUGGGGUACCAUCCUCCAAAAACGUCGGGUCCGAGAUUUUUCUAAGAUUCCUGAGAGAUGAUUUGAAUCUUUCAGUGUAAGAAGGAACAUGGAGUGAAGGAAUACACAGAGGAAUUGAGGUAGCCUGGAGAAUUUCAGAUGAAACCAAGGAUUCAGAAUUGGAUCUGGGAGGAGAAGGAGCCCUGAUUUCUUGAACAGAGGACGACGCUGCAACGCCAUCUGGAAGAGACAUAUCCAAGACCUAAGAUAGAGAGAAAUUGGAAGAAGAAAAGAAGAGGGGGAUAUUCUCGACCCCCAGCGAGAGGCCAGCAGACGGCGGAGAUACGGUGUAGAUGUUAGUAUGAACACUCACUUAAAAGCAUUGAAACUCACUUUGAAAUGGAAGAAUCCAGUCUCAUUAGACCACUUAAGUGUCAGGGGAAACAACAUUCGCUAUUAUAUUCUUCCAGACAGCUUAAAUCUCGAGACUUUACUGGUCGAAGACACACCACGAAUCAAACCGAAAAAACCAACUGCAGGAAAGAUCCCACCAGGUGGUCGUGGGCGUGGGCGUGGAAGAGGAGGACGUGGUGGCCGUGGUGGUCGUUAAGCAUUUUGCAGUGAUCCGAAGUAUGAUCUAUCUUGUUAUCUUUUAACUUUUCAUGAUUUUGUGAUUUGAUACGUUAUUCCCAUACUCAUCAAACACGAAAACAAUUAAUUUCGUUUAUUACUGAGUUCAUUACUUUAUUACACAAUCUGAUACAACUCAAAGGUUAGUUCGAGAUUUUUGGUUUUGACCUUUUCCAAGAAUCUGGACAAAGUCAAAGAUUAAACUAAGACAGUACCGGUCAUCACAGUCACAGCUUUGCCUGUGAGCAAGACCCUCUGCUUCUCCUUAUCAUAAUGAACCUUCAGUUCUCCACUCCUACGCGAAGCCUACAAAAACAUUUGCUGAAUCAUUAAACUGUGUGGGGCUUCAUAGCUUUCAAACUGUUAGCAAGUUACAGAGAGAAAGAGGAGUCACAGUGUAGGCGACGAAAUCACAUUUGUUCAUCUUGAGACUCCAGUAAUGUGCUAAAGCACAAUGCGCACUUCCACAUGCAGAGUCAUGAAGGAACAAGAGAAGAGGUUUAGUUUCUUAACCUCAAUGAGCCCUAGUUUAGGAGCAAAGAGUCGACUGCAGAAAUCAUACACAGAUCCUUCAGGAGCAGCAGCGGUAACAAUCAUCACUUUGCCUGGGCAUUUCUUGAUAUCAUCAGUUCUUGGCUGCAAC